AUGGCAAACUCGAAGCGACCUCUGGAGGAGUCGUAUGCCGGACAAAACACUUCUCAGAUCGCGAAAGCCGCUAAGACGGCCCAUGUUCAAGGAGCUGAAACGGAGAAUCAACCUCAAGAUGUUGUCCAGCACAUUGCAUCUUACAUCCCAUAUACCCGCGGCCACCACCCAUCACUAGAUGUGCUUGAUCCAAAUAGACAAACGACCCCAUAUAUUGCACCUCGUUAUCCGAGCCCAGCCUGGCGGGCUCCGGAUUUGCUCCCACAGGCUUCCCAGCCAAGACAUAUGCCUUACGAGUCACUAACCGCACAGUCCUAUCCUCGACCUGCAGAGCGCAAUAGACCUGCAUGGCCAUCUGCCCCCACCAAUCUUGGGGGGAGGCUGCCUCCGGGUGGCCCGAACGGACCACUCUCUGGGCUGUACGAGGUUUUGCGCCAACAGCAAGAUCGGUGGCAGUCUCCAAUUGCGACAUUACCUCAGCCACCCUCGGUGUGGCAGGACCCAGACCGCGAAAGUGAUGGCUUGAAGUCGAAGCCUGGCGUGAUCAACGAGACUCUCGUCCAAGAUAUUCGCGAAGCUAUGCAAAAAAAGGAUGGUGAGGUCUUUGUCACGGUUCUCAUCGGCAACGAUGAGAGGUGGGUUGGCUCACAUCUGGUCUCGAUAAACCACUCUUUUGAGGGCGCGGUCGAUGCUGCUCGGAACACAGCGAAUGACCAGGGCUGGGAUGACGACUGCUGCAUAGAGAACGCCAGCGAUACCUCCAACCGGAUCAAUGACAAGUUCAUCUCUAAACACGCCGAGCUAGGCAAUGACGUCGUCAUCCUCGAUUUUCCUGACGAUGAAGUGUAUGAAGACUACGGUGGGGUUAUACGCAUCAACCUUGAAAAAAUCAAGCAGUGA